GGUUUAUUAGAUCAAUUUAAACUUGACCGAACAACUAUUAUAAACAAUCGAUUACAAUUUUUAGACAUCAUUUUUCUCUGUGUCGUUUCCGUGUUGUAAUGUUGCCAUUAAAACGAGUCUGUAUCCAUAAAUGACAAGGCACCUAAUUUCAGGGAACCACCUUAAUUAGUUUUGUACUGUCAGAAAUCGCAGGGGGCGUUGCAGAGCUUUAAACUCUCAGAAUUAAAAGCGUUUUUCAUUUCAGCGUGAAUAACACGGUAGUACAAAUUGUUACAUGCCACUAAUACUCAGAAAGUGUACUUUUAUUUAUUUAUAAAAUAAUAUGUUUGUGUCAGUACCGGAGAAAAUACGCUUUCGGUAAUAUAUCCUCUGUUCUGUGCGUUCGAGGGAGCUUGUGCAUGAUAACAACAUCUUAAAAUCUUAUGUAAAGUUUUGGAGGCAGGAAGAAGAACCAGGAGACGUCUCGUAAGGAGGUAUUUGGAUUUAUAAUUGGUUUUACAACGAGAUUUUCCCAGGCGCUGGUUAUCAUUAAGAACUUUCUAGUAUUAUUUAAGAACAAUGGCAGUUAGAACCCAAGAAGAUUUGGCAACUCUUUCUGAACUGGAUGAAAAAAGUUUACUGGAGUCACUCAGCAACAGAUUUCAACAAAACCAUAUAUAUACAUACAUUGGGGAUAUUCUUGUGGCCAUAAAUCCAUUUAAAUACCUGCCACUGUAUGAAAAAACGGUGUCCGAAAAGUAUAAAUGCCAUGAAAAAGGUGAUCUACCUCCCCAUAUUUUUGCUGUUGCUGAUAGAGCUUACCAGUCCAUGCUAGGAAGGUUAGCAACUGGGCCCAGAAAUCAGUGCAUUGUUAUCAGUGGAGAAAGUGGUGCUGGGAAGACAGAGAGCACAAAACUGCUGCUACGACAGAUCAUGGAGCUGUGUAAAGCAAACUCUCAACUUGAACAGCAGAUUCUGCAGGUCAAUCCCCUACUAGAGGCUUUUGGAAAUGCUCAAACAGUGAUGAAUGAUAACAGCAGUAGGUUUGGAAAAUACAUUCAACUCCGAUUCCAGAACUCUUCAGUGAAGAGUGCUAAAAUCAAUGAAUAUCUGCUGGAGAAAUCUCGUGUUGUGCACCAAGACGAGGGGGAGAGGAAUUUCCACAUUUUCUACUGCAUGUUGGCUGGGAUAUCUGCUGAAGAUAAGGAGAUGUACGGGCUGCUGGACCCAGACUUGUACAGAUACAUUAAUGGCAAAUAUGGUUCCCCUGAAAUGGUCAACAAAUGGAGUACCAAGUACAAUGAGGUGUGCAAUGCCAUGGAUAUGGUUGGGUUUGAAGAACAGGAGCAAGUGGACAUGAAGACAAUCCUUGCUGGAAUCCUGUCCCUUGGCAAUAUUAAGUUUGAACCACAGGAAACUGGGAUCCUGAAAGCGACAGAGCAGUCCAAUGGCUGGCUCAAAGCUGCUGCAGGCCAGUUUGGUGUACAAGAGGAGGAGUUGGUGAAAUGUUUAAUUUGUACUACAUCAGUGACUCGAGGUGAAUCCAUUAAGAGGAACCACAGUCAGCAGCAAGCAGAAGAUGCAAGAGACUCAAUAGCAAAAGUAGCGUAUGGUAGAGUGUUCGGUUGGAUUGUCAGCAAAAUUAAUGAACUUCUCGCCCCCAACGUGGACUUGAAUGAAGAACAUCAAGAAAUUGGUAUUUUGGAUAUUUUUGGAUUUGAGAAUUUUGCUGUGAACAGAUAUGAACAGCUCUGUAUAAACCUUGCCAAUGAACAACUGCAGUAUUUCUUCAAUCAUCACAUCUUUUUGAUGGAGCAGAAGGAAUAUAAAGAGGAGGGCAUUAAAUGGGAAACAAUUACAUUUAAGGACAACAAACCCAUCUUGGACCUUUUCUUGGCCAAGCCUUUUGGAAUCUUCUCACUGUUGGAUGAGCAAAGUGCAUUUCCUAAAGCAACCGACACUAACUUUGUUGACAAACUCAACAGCAAUUUUAAGGGAAAACCACACUUUGAAAUUGUUAGGAGUCACAACCCUAUGUUUACUGUUGUACAUUAUGCUGGAAAGGUUCAGUACAACGCCAGUGGGUUCUUGGAGAAGAACAGGGACACAAUACCAGCUAAUAUCCGAGGGUUAUUCAUCAACAGUGUGACCCCACUGCUCAGUGUGCUCUUUGCAGCCACAAUAUCCAGAACAGGCACGUUAAUUCCACAACUCAGAGCCAAGCUCUCACAAGCUGUUGAAGACAACUUCAACUCAACCAGAAAACAGUCGGUGGGAGCGCAGUUUAAGCAUUCUUUGACAGUGCUAAUGGAAAAGAUGUUUGCUGCUAACCCACACUUCAUCCGCUGCAUUAAACCCAAUGCAAGCAAACAACCUGAUUUACUGGACAGCAAGGUUGUAAUGGACCAGUUAAGAUAUAAUGGCUUGCUGGAAACCAUUCGCAUUCGCAGAGAUGGAUUUUCAUGGAGACCCUCCUUUGAGGAAUUUGCACAAAGGUACCGGAUUCUUCUGAUUAAGCCUGAUAUUCCUUUGAACAAAGAAAGGGCUCAGAAGGUGAACUCUACACCCGAUAAAGUACUUGAGACUGAUCUGCAGGGUAUCAUGCAAAGCUGCUUGUGUAUUCUGAACAACACUGACCUUAAAGACUGGAAAUGUGGAUCCACACGCUUUUUCUUCAAGUACUGGCACCAGGAGCAGUUGGCAAAAUGUAUAGAUAGACUGGGGAAGGCUGCUACAGUUAUUCAGAAGAUGUAUCGAGGGUUCUGUUGCAAAAAGAAGUAUGUAGCACUUGUUGCUGAGAUGAGGCUGAGACGGGAGCAAGAGAUGAGGCAGCUUAAACAAGAACAAGAGGAAGAAGAGAAGAGGAGACAACUGGAGAUUGAGCAGCUGGAAAUGGAGCAGGAGAACCAGAGUCCCCCUACAGCCCCUGUUCCUUUUCCAAGAAAGAGAAAACCUCAGCCGAGGCCCCGCUCUAUACCUGCAGAGACCUUGCAGCCCCGCCUGCUGCCCCCUGUGCCUCGGCCACGCAGUAAACUCCUGGAGGCCACUCCAUUUGACAAUGAUUUGGAAAAUGGGACUGUCCUGCACAUGAAUGCUCAAGAGGAGGCUGAAGCUAAGCAGCGCUGGAAUAAAAGGUGUAAUACCAUCCGCUGGUUUAAGGAGACCCAGGCCAGGAAAGUGGUCAGAAACGGUGCUUUUCCAAACUGGUUCCAUGGCAUGAUCACACGCAGACAAGCAGAAGAUUUAAUGAUUGAUAAAUCACUUGGCUGUUUCUUGAUUAGAGUUAGCGAGAGUCGAGAAGGUUAUACACUAACAUUCAGGGGUAAGGACCGAUGCCGGCACUACAUGAUUGAAAUGCAAACAAAUGGCAAGUAUGUCAUUUUAGGAGAGGCCCGAGCCCAUCCUUCCUUGCUUGACUUGAUAGAAUAUCACAAGAAGGUUGGCAUCCUACCUUUCCUGGAGCUUCUCACAGUUCCCUGUGGACAGAGAAGCAAUGUGGAGCCGGAUUACGAAGAGCUCAAGAACCUGAUGCUGAUUCCCUCAUCCCUGGCUGCUGAAGAAGAUUCUGAGCCUUCAGAGCACUCUAGUUCUGAUCCUGUCCAUCUAGAACUUCUCAAACUCUUUGCGCCUCUGGAUCAGAACCAGACAAUGGAAAGACAGGUGCCACCAGUGUUGAAAAGGAUCUCUGAGAAGAAACUAAAGACAGAAGCAAAGGAGAGCCAGAGGAACUGUUCCGAGGAUCAUGAAGAGAGCAGUAACAGACGCCACUUCCCUCGGCUCUACCCCUCCAUACGCUUAGCCAUGAGGGAGAUCCAGCAAGUACAGCAGCACUUUUCAGAAUGUCCAAAGGAUUAAGACAUUCAGGAUCACCUGCCUUCCAUAAUAAUAAAUAAAGAAUAAUUUGACGAAGGAGAGUGCAUCAGACUUCUAAACACGAUGGGGAAUAUUAGGAUGGGAACAUUUAUUUAUUGAUAAAUAAUUAAACAUUUAAAAAAAUAGUGUAUAUGUUGAACGGGGUGUCUACAUUAUUAGUAAGUGAAUUAGAUUCUUAGUGAAUAGUAUUUUAGAAUGUUAAUGGGUUUGAAUGAUUUGUAUUAAAGACUGUUGUGUAGCGACUGUAUAUAACUGCGUCAUGUUUGUUUUUUAAUUGUGUAUAUAUUUUUAUUAAGUUACAAAAUAAAGAUUUUUUUAAUAGUA